CUCGAGCAAACGACGGAAGGAGCCGCCCUGCCAAGGUUGGUCACCGAAAGUCCCGAAAUGGGUGUCUAACGUGCAAGUCACGUCGUGUGAAGUGCGACGAGACAAGGCCGACUUGCGGAAACUGCAGUCGGCUCCAGAUGGACUGUUCCUGGCCCAAGUACCCUCAAAACAAGAACAAUGGCAGCCGAGCACAGCUAUUGCCAACGCCUUCUCCCAGUCGGCAAGCUGGUCUUUCGCCUCCCGCAGCCGGCACCGGGACCAGUCCACUCGCGCGUACACCUGAGCAGGCGGCCAUUCCCACCACCUGGCCGCGAUGGGCUUGCGACGAGAACAUCUUUACCCAGCCUAGCUCCCCGGCGGAUGAUUCAAACGACCUUAUUUUUCCCGAAUCAAAAGAAAGACGUCUAAUGGAACAUCGCUUGAUGCAAAAGUGGCACCUCACCGUGCACAACCCUUUCCAGCUCACUUCCUGGAGAGAGAUAUGGUCCAAGACAAUGCCAGAGUUGGCAUUAACCCACGAAAACAUGCUAUUUGUGAUCUGCGCCCUUUCCGCCACGAAUAUCCUCCGCUCAGAUCCCGACGACAAGGAGAUAUACAACGCCCGCGAGAGCUACUUCAUCGCCGCCCUUCACGCCCAGCGGGAGGAAGUGGCAGCCUUGAGCGUCGAGACCGCCGAUGCCGCGUGGUUCGGCGCCCUGCUCAUCUCCAUCACGGCGUUCGCGAUGCUACAGGAGCGGCCCCUGACGCCCUACCAGCCCCCGAUGGACUGGCUGCACGUCGGCCGCGGCGCGGGCAUAGUGAUCCGGCAGAGCAUCGAGAGGAUCCUCACGCUGUCCAAGGAGGCGGACCACCCGGCCCUGAUGAACGCGACCCACGCGUACCCGCACUUCGGCCCGGACGAGGCCUACUUUGCGCCCGAGCACCGCGUCAGGUUCGAGGGCGUGCUCACGCAGCACCUGCGUUCGGGCGACGACUGGGCCGACGACGAGACGCGCGGCGCCUACGAGAAGGCGCUCAGCUUCGUCGGCAGCAUACAGACCGGCAUCAGCCACGGGGAGCCCGUGUACGCCACCACGAGGCGCAUCCAGGCGUUCCCGCUGCUCGUCCCGGCCAGGUACAUCGAGCUGCUGGCGGUCCGGCGCCCGAGGGCGCUGGUGGUGCUGGCGCACUUCUUUGCGACCGUCGCGCAGACGCACAACGUGUGGUGGCUUGGUGAUGAGCCCUUCAGGGGCGAGGAGACGACGGCGAAGAGGGAGAUUCGUGCUAUCAAGGAUGCGCUGCCCCGGGAGUGGCUGCCGACGAUGGUGUGGCCGAUGGAUGUGGUCGGCUUGAAGGACUAA